AUGCAAAAGAAGGGGCAAGAGAAUAGAGAAGGUAAAAAUAAUAGUCAGAAUGCUACUUUUGUUAUUCCUAGGUUGUUGCUGCAGCGCGGGAAUACUAGCCCUAGUCCGAGUCCACGCCCUAGCUUUGGCUCGACGAAGGGGAGGAAGUCGCCGGUGUCUCCUUCGGCUUGGGCGUUGUCUCCGGGACGGUCUUUUCCAUGCACGGUGGGACCGGAGCUGACUGCGGCGGCAGUGGCUUCGCCGAGACCGAGGGUGAAGUCUAGUGGGGGUGGAGUUGGUGGGGUUUUGAAGUAUUUUAGGCUUCAGAAGAAAGGGAUGACUAUACAAGAGGAGGAGUUUCAUCAGUUUCGGAUUUUGCAUAAUAGGUUGCUCCAAUGGAGGUUUGCCAAUGCUCGAGCUCAAGCUGCCGUGGUUGCUUCACACAAAGUUGCACAGGACAGAAUGUUCAGUGUGUGGCUUAGAAUUUUCAAAAUGAGGAACUACAUCCUAGAUAAGCAACUACAACUGCAAAAGCUCAAGCAUCAAAUGAAGGUGUAUCAAAUUGUGUACCCUCAAAUUUCUCUACUGAACGAAUGGGGGAAAUUGGAGAGAAAAAAUCAAGAAUCUGUGAGCAGGAUGGUGAGGAAGUUAUCCGGAAUUUCAAAUACAAUUCCUUUGGUAAAUGAUGCUAAGGGAGAUGUGGCGUCUAUAUACGAAGCGAUGAUCACGGCCAUGGAUGUCAUGGCUGGUAUUCAAGCAACGGUCACUAAAUUGCUCGCGCAGCUCGAAAAGCUGCUCUACAUGGUUACGGAGCUUUUGAUCACGCAGAAGCAACAAAGAGAAUUGGAGAAAUAUAUAACAUCGGUCGUUGGUCUUAUGACAUCUCCUCGGGUUGAAGAAUUACGUUGUUCAACAUCUAUGUGCUUUUGGCCAUCUUCAUCAAAUACAGAUUACUGUGGUUUUAAGUGGAAUUUGUUGAGCAAUUUGCUAUCAUGCACGAUUGGAUCAUUUGAGAUAGAAUCAUUCUUAGACCCUGCUCGUGAGCUACAAUCACUUAUUGGUUAG